UUCAAAGCUGUCAAAACUGACAAAAAAGGUAACCGAAAAUCGUCAUUUUUAUCAAAACCAUUCUCGUUAGGGGUGUUUCUUUGUUCAACAGGUUUUAUAUUUUAUUUCUAUUCCUAUAUUGUCCACCACAUUUAAACAAGGGAAAAUGGCAGACGAAAACAGAAUUAGAUCUUUCAAGAACAAAGGCAAGGAUACAGAGGAAAUGAGAAGAAGGCGUAUAGGGCAAACUGUUGAACUCAGGAAAGCCAGGAAAGAUGAUCAACUGCUUAAGAGAAGGAAUAUAUCCACCAGUGAAGAACCUACAUCUCCACUCCAAGAGAACAAUUCAGUGUCUUCCCCUACUAUGUCUGCAGAAGAAAUUAUGUAUGGUAUGAUGAACUCAGAUGAAGCUAUUCAAUAUAGGGCUACAUUGGCAUGCAGAAAGAUUUUGAGCAGAGAAAAAACACCACCAAUUGAUCACAUGAUCCGCCUAGGAGUAGUACCUAGAUGUGUGGAAUUUCUGACAAAAGCGCACAAUCCAUCCCUACAAUUUGAAGCUUGCUGGGCCCUAACCAACAUAGCCUCUGGAACAUCAGAACAGACCGCAGCUGUGGUUCAGGAAGGAGCCAUUCCCCGUCUGCAAGGACUCUUGUCUUCCCCUCGAAUAGACGUAGCAGAGCAAGCUGUUUGGGCACUUGGUAACAUUGCAGGAGAUGGUUCAGCAACCAGAGAUAUGGUUUUGUCCUGUAACGUCCUUAAUGAUCUUCUUGGCUUGAUAAAACCUAGUACCUCUUUGUCAUUAUUGAGGAAUACCGUGUGGACUAUUUCUAACUUGUGCAGAAAUAAGAAUCCCUCUCCAGAUUUUAACCUUCUUCGGCCAGCCCUUCCAUUUAUAGCACGUCUUUUGAAUCACAGCGACCCAGAAGUUCAAGCAGAUACCUGUUGGGCUCUAAGCUACCUAACAGAUGGCCCAAAUGAAAAGAUCCAAGCUGUUCUAGACACUGGACUCAUCGAGAGGUUGGUUCAGUUACUGUACAGUGAACACGGUACAGUCCUGACACCUGCCUUGAGAGCAGUAGGUAAUAUAGUGACAGGAAACGAUCAGCAAACAGACUGUGUGAUCAACGCUGGAGCCUUAAAUGUAUUGGCAGACCUUCUGCAACACAGCAAACUGAAUAUUGUCAAAGAAGCUGCUUGGACAGUGUCCAAUAUCACUGCAGGUAACAGUGAACAGAUCCAGAAAGUUAUCGAUGCUGGUAUACUCCCACCAUUACUCCAUGUCCUUCAAACUGGCGACUUUAAGAGUCAGAAAGAAGCUUCUUGGGCUGUGACCAAUUUCACUAGUGGAGGUACAAUCUCGCAACUUGCCAAAUUAGUAGAGGCUGGUGCCUUGAAACCAAUGUGUAACCUUAUCAAUUCCAAAGAUCAGAAGACUGUCCUUGUUGUUUUAGAUGGACUUAACAACAUACUCAAUGCAGCUAAUAAGAUGGGUCAAGUGGAGAAAGUUGCUAUUAUGAUUGAGGAAUGUGGUGGCCUAGAUGGAAUUGAAGCCUUACAAUCUCAUGACAAUGAAAAGAUAUAUGAGAAAGCUCUUAGCAUCAUCGAGAACUACUUCUCAGAGGGCGGUACUGAAGAUAAUAAUAUGCCUGCCCCAGUUACGGCAGAUGGCCAAAUGCAGUUCUCUUCCCCCACACAAGUGCCUAAUGGAGGAUUCUCAUUCUAAAACCAAAUUUCAUUAAGUAUACAACGUUUUUUACUCCAGUUUAUCCGAUCUCGCCAUUCCAUAAUAUUAAGGAUAGAAAUAGAAAAAGAUUGCUGAUUAAUUGUUAAAUUAGAAUGAUUAGAAUCGAGACCCGGAAGGAGAAUGUAACAAUGUCAUCGGUAGCAUUUUGUAAAGAUGAAAUACUCCAUGAUUUUAUUUCUGUAUCAUAAAUUUUGAUUUUUUAAAAUGUCUUCUUUCUGUAGCGUUGAAAUAAUCAGAAGGGCGAAUAAUUUAUUUUUAAUAUUGGGUGGGAUUGGGUGGAUUGUAUGUCAUGUGCUGCUUGAACUACUGUUGUCGACAAUAAAACAUGACUUAAACCACUUUGGAGAACUUCAAUAUGUGUAGGACAGAUUUGUCUUUAAUACAAACAAUUUUAGAACCAUACAGACCAUAAUAUAUUAUGUACUUCAUAUCUUGAACAACUUUGCAUAGAUAUAAUAGAUUGUAUUUAUUUAUUUAUUUGUUUGUUUUAUAACAGGAAACAACUUGGUAGUGAUACAGAACAGAUUUUUACAUAGGAAAUCUGUUGUCUGUAGUCUAGAUUGACACUUUUUGUUAAUUUUUUUACAACAUAGAUGUACAGUAUGGUUUUUAUUGGCUAUAUACCAUGUGACAUUUGAACUACUAUCUGAUAGUGGUCUGUAAACAGGUUAGAAUGUGUCUUGAACACCUUUUGAACCUUAUAACAGAUAUAGAACACAAAUUUUAUUUAUGAACACAUUUUCAGGAUAAUAAAAAGCAAGUAUUGUAUAGAAAAUGUACCUGUACGUGAAGUGUCACCUAUUCUGUCAGAUUGUUGUACAAUACUAUUUUAUUUGCUUGUGUCAUGUGACAUUUGAACUACUUUUUGGUAGUGACCUGAAAACACUUCUAACAACUUUACAACAUGCCUUCAACAAGUUUUGAAAAUUUGAAUUUACUAUUUUGAAAAAAAAAAAGAUCAUCAGAACAAUAAAGAACAUAUUGGCGUUUUUUGGCCAUUUUGUCAAACAGUAGUUAGACAGUGUUUUUUAUUUGUUUCAUAUGUCAUGUGGCAUUUAAACUACUCCUCUAAUAGUCUCCUUUAAACAUUUCUAAAAGUGCCCGGUUUUUACAUUGUGUCAAAACAUAAUAAUUGUAAACAUAAUACUCUUUCUAAACGGUGCAUAUUGCAUUCAUAUUUUUUCAUUUAUUCAUAGUACCUACUGAUCGUUCUUCUGAUUAUUUUAGUGUUGUAUAAAUUCAAUGUUUACUAUUUUUAGAUCUGUUGAAAUAAACUUGAAAUGUAUCAUGUUAUUUUGAGAUAUUAUUUGUAAAAUAGCUUAUUGGCCUUUUAAUUUGUAGUUUAAUGUUUUGAUACUUUUACAUUAACAGUUUAUAUACAAUAACAAGUU